CAAGAGCAAGGUCUGUUGCUCACAAUGUCUGCGACUUCUAUUAUCAACAGUGUUCGCCUCACCACAUCCGCCUCCUCCUCUUCCGGCCUCUCUCCUUCUUCCCAACCUAACUCAUUCAACCCCAGGAAACCUACAUUGUUGCGUGUUGCCUCUUCCAGAUCUCCUCCUAACCUCAUUCAAAACAAGCCCGUUUUCACCGUUCCGUCUCCGGUUCCGGCCGAAGAUAUGGGAAAGAACUACGAGGAGGCCAUUGCAGCUCUUCAGAAACUUCUCAGUGAGAAGGAUGACCUGAAAACUGUUGCAGCUUCGAAAGUGGAGCAGAUUACUGCUCAGUUGGCAACCGCCGACGCCGGCAGCAAUCCCUUUGAUCCCGUGGAGAGAAUCAAAACCGGCUUCAUUAAAUUCAAGAAAGAGAAAUAUGACACAAACCCAGCACUAUAUGGUGAACUUGCCAAAGGUCAAGCUCCUAAGUUUAUGUUGUUUGCAUGCUCGGAUUCUCGGGUUUGCCCAUCCCACAUUUUGGAUAUGCAGCCUGGUGAGGCUUUUGUUGUUCGUAAUGUUGCAAAUAUGGUCCCUCCAUAUGAUAAGGUCAAGUACGCCGGAACCGGAUCGGCCAUUGAGUAUGCUGUCUUGCAUCUGAAGGUUUCAUAUAUUGUGGUGAUCGGACACAGCGCUUGUGGUGGAAUUAAGGGACUCCUGUCAUUUCCAGAUGAUGGACCAACUUCCACUGACUUCAUUGAAGACUGGGUCAAAAUUGGUAGAGCUGCCAAGACCAAGGUGAAGGCACUACAUGAAGGUGCUUCAUUUCCUGAACUAUGCACUCACUGUGAAAAGGAGGCUGUGAAUGUUUCCAUUGGAAAUCUGCUGAGCUAUCCUUUUGUAAGAGACGGGUUGGUGAACAAGACCCUCGGAUUAAAGGGGGGCUACUAUGACUUUGUCAAAGGAAAUUUUGAGUUGUGGGAUGUUGAUUUUGGCCUUUCUCCAGACUUCUCCGUAUGAACACUACAUUCAUAUAUAGUUGGUUCCAAUUUUCAUCUACAAUUGUACUCUUUAUUUUAAUUUUUAUGUUAAGUACAAAUAAAUAAUAUAACGGAGGUGAUCACUGUGGUUCUCCUUGUAUUACUACUUCAAGUUUCUUUUGGUUGGAAAUAAAUCCAAUAAAAGUUUAGUCAUAUUGAAU